AUGGGUCCCGCGUCGAACGUGUCUAGUAAUCCGUUUCACAAACCGCGCCCUAUCGAUUCGGAAGCCGCUGAAAAGCUCGAGGCGCAGAAGGCCGACUACGAGGCCAAGCUCGCCGACAUGAGGAAGGUCGAAAAGGAGAAACUCCAAGAGAUCGAGAUCGAACGCGUAAGGGACUUCAUCAAGCAUGAUUGCGUCGAGAUAAAGAAGAAAUCCGAGAUCAAGCUCAACGACCUCGCCGAGAACUACGAGGCCAAGAUUGCUCACCUGGAGAGCGAAUCGCAGUCCAAGCUUGAGAAAACCAUCAAGCACUACGAGGUCUUACUCAGGGAAGAGGAAAAACACGGUGAUUGGCUGCUCCAAGAAAUGAGGAAGGGCCAUGAGACCGAAAUCGCCGAGAUCAAGGAGAAACACGCACUAGAGUUGAAAGCCGCGCAGGAGGACUACGAUGCCGACCUCGGCAGGCUCAAUCAGAGCUCCGCAAUUCUGCAACGUGCUUUCGCCGACCAGAGCGCGGAACUUGCGGAGCUCAAGGAGACAAAGACUAAGGAAGCCGACCUCCCCAGCAAGUCCGCACAGCCAGACGUGGAAGCGAAAGAUGCAGGCCUGCUCCCCGACAAGAAGACGGACGUUAGUGACAAGAAGCCCGAGAUCGACGCCCUCAAAGGCACCAUCGACGCCCUCAAAGAUACCGUCGGUAUACAAAUGGUGGCUGCGGAAGAUCUCCGCGAGACCAUCAAGGACCUCCGCGAGCGUGUCGCGAAGCUCGAAGCAGAGCGUUAG